AUGGAAACACCCAAACUGCGGUCUCGCCUUCACUCGAGGCAAGACAUUUCUUUCCCAAGAGUCGCCUCUGAGGAUUCUCGAGUCCUAGGCUCCCAACUCCUUUCUCUGCAUGGUCAACGUGGCUCCAUGAUUCUCUACCGACUUUCCAUCUCAUGCAGUCAAAGAGAAGUCCCUCCUACGCCUGCAGCUCGUCGCACCGUUAGCGAUUGUAUCCUAUCUACUUCAGGAAGUUCCAUAUUUUCACUCUCAUCAGAUUCAAAGUACCCUUGCAGUACAUCUAGACACGGCAUCCUCAUUCCGUAUGUCUACGAUCCAGAUCUAGACAACAACUCCAACGAACCCGACAUAGACGACUUCCUUCAUGAUCCCGAAGGCAUUCGGUCCUCAAACACGUCUCCAAUUAGUUUGCGCGGUCUUCUCAACAUCGGAUCGCUCACCCUCCUUAUUAUCGGUCUUCUUUUUCUAUUCGUUUUUUAUCCCGUGUUUAGGUAUCUCGAAGACAAGACUCUCAAUGGUGCUGUGUCUGUCAAUGUCACAGGGCAGGUGCCAGGAUUAGGAAGCCUAUAUCCCUUGCCACAACUGAUCGAUCCGUCUACGCCAAUCGACGCACACACACGCACCGGGUUCGACGAUUAUAACUACGAUCUUGUUUUUUCUGAUGAAUUCAACCAACCCGGACGAACUUUUUGGUCGGGUGACGAUCCCUACUGGGAAGCUGUGAACCUGUGGUAUUGGACGACCGAUGAUCAGGAGUGGUAUGACCCUGGACAAGUCUCGACCAAAGAAGGAGGGUAUUUGAGUAUCGUGUUGGACCAAGUGGAGGAUGAAGGGAUGCCAUAUAGAAGUGGGAUGUUGCAAAGUUGGAACAAGUUUUGUUUCACAAGGGGGUACAUUGAGGUGUCGGUUAUGUUGCCGGGACCGAAUGAGGAGUCACAGGGCUACUGGCCUGCAGCGUGGACGAUGGGAAAUCUCGCACGACCUGGAUACGGCGCGACUACGGACGGUGUAUGGCCUUACUCAUACGACUCUUGCGACGUGGGUACAUUCCCGAACCAGACAUACGUCAAUGGGUCUGGGCCUGCAGCUGCCCUCAUGUCGGAGGCAUCCCAACCUGGAUACAAUUAUGCGUUAUCGUGGUUGCCUGGCCAGCGGCUUUCUUCAUGCACAUGUUCCAAUGAAGACCACCCCGGUCCUUCUCCUACGGUGGGGCGUGGGGCACCUGAAAUCGAUAUCCUCGAGGUCGCACAUAACAACUUGGGAGGAACGGGACAGACGGUAUCUCAGAGUGCGCAGUUUGCGCCGUUCACGCACGAUUACUUGUAUGGGAAUGGGUCGUCAGAGAUGUGGGAGGUGUUCGACUGUGGAACGGUGUCGAAUUCUUACCAGUAUGUUGCAUUUUUUCAAACGGUGUCUGCAUUGACAGAGCUCCCUUCAGAUGUCUAUGUUGGAUCUGGGAAUCAAUUCAUUACAUUCGGUUUCGAAUACUGGUCCAACCCUGAAAACUCCUCCGACGGAUACAUUAUAUGGCAAACGGGUGGACAACCAACUGCCCGGCUCGGCGCUGCAGCGUUGGGUCCGGAUUUGGGCCUGAACGGAACGCAGGUCGGGCAAAGGUUGAUUUCAUUGGAGCCGAUGAGCAUCGUGUUGAAUCUUGGGUUGUCGCCCGGCUGGCAAUCCAUCAACAUGAGCACACUAUCUUUCCCCGCCGAGAUGCGGGUUGAUUAUGUUCGAGUGUAUCAACGACACGGAGAAACUAAUAUUGGCUGUAGUUCGCCUGAUUUUCCAACGGAGGAUUAUAUUAAACGACAUAUGGAUUCAUAUACGAGUGCGUGCGCGUUUCUUCUUGCUUCCCUCUCGAACCCAGACGUUUUCCUAUCUUUUCUUGGCCAUGCUUCUUGCAGCGUGCAGGCCCGUGUGUGUAUUACCGUAGGCUUGGCUGGCUGA